CCGGCGCCGGGCGCGGCGCAGCCUCCCGCGGCCGCCGCCAUGCCCAUCCUCAAGCAGCUCGUGUCCAACUCGGCGCACUCCAAGCGCCGCUCGCGGGCCGACCUGACGGCCGAGAUGAUCAGCGCGCCCCUGGGGGACUUCCGCCACACCAUGCACGUGGGGCGCGCCGGCGACGCCUUCGGGGACACCUCCUUCCUCACCAGCAAGGCCGGGGAGCCGGUGCCGGAGGCGGGAGAGGAGCCGGGAGCCUCCAAGCCCGGGCUGCUGUCGCGCCGCUUCCGCAGCAGCAAGCGCUCGCAGUCGGUGACGCGCGGGGACCGGCGGGACAUGCUGGGCUCGCUGCGGGACUCGGCGCUCUUCGUCAAGAACGCCGUGUCCCUGCCCCAGCUCAACGAGAAGGACGUGGACAGGAGCGCGGGGCAGCUGCCCAAGAGCCUCUCCUCCAGCCCCGUGAAGAAGCCACCCGAGGAGAUGAGCCCCGAAGAGCAGCAGCAGCAGCGCCCGAACGGGGCGGCCGCGGGGCCGCUGAGCCCCGCCCUGGAUGAGCGCGACUUCGGGGACAUCACGGACCUGCCCGUGGUGGUGGCCAAGGGCGGGGCGGGCUUGAAGCACGCCGAGUCCAUCAUGUCCUUCCACAUCGACCUGGGGCCCUCCAUGCUCGGCGACGUGCUGAGCAUCAUGGAUAAGGAUCAGUGGGAGCAGGACGAAGACCCCGAGGCGGAGGAGGAGGAGGAGGAGGGGGAGGAAGGGGAGCCUGCCCCGCCUGGCUCCCCGCUGGUGGCCGUGGCGGCCCCGCCGAGCCGCAGCCCGGCCCGCGGCGCCGGUGGCCGCAGCCCCAGGGACAGCAGUCCGGCGUCCAGCUGCACCUCGGGGCCCGAGGAGCGCAGCCCCGCGCCCAGGCCGCCGAGCCAGCGGGGAGCGCCCCCGAAACGCCCCGACAAGGAGUUCUCGUUCGCCGACGAAGACGACGACGAGAUCCGGGUAUAAAGGGCCGGGUCCUCGCUGCGCUCGCUUGGCCGCGGCGCCGAGCAGCCCGGCGGGUGGCACUGGGGACGACUCGGCUCGUGCCUCGCUCCCUCUCUGUGCUGCAGUGGGACAGCGCUCUGCUCCCGGGGCCGGGGCGAUCCCGACCUCUGCCAGCCCCCAGAGAGCUCCAGCACUUCCCGGGAGCGGGGAGCAGACUCGAUUUUGGUUCUUUCUGUUGGACUUUGGAUACUAGCUCCUUCCUCCUGCUCCCCCUGCCCGUGUAAAGCGAUUUAGGACCCGACGAGACGAGCCUUUGGAGUUUUAGCCCCUUUAGUGAUAUAAAUAUAUUUUCCACCGUACAGUUUUUACUGUUUUCUGAUUUCUACUUACCUUUCUCUACUCUCUUUUUGGUUUUAACCGAGGGAAGAUUUCCCACGAGGAAGAACUUGGCUCUGGAGCUUCGAGGUGGCCUGGGACUAUGGGCAGCUCCGGCUUUUUGGGUUUCUUGGGGACUUUCUGCAGACCAGGAGCCUCCCAGUGCCGUGGCAGGUGCUGCUCCCCAUCCCUCGGAUGGAUGGAUGGUUCCAUCCCAGAUGCUCGACCUCCAACCAGCCUGGGGGUCUCAGGGAUGCUCCCAGCCAGCUCCAGGGGUGCUGAUGGAAGCGUGAGUCUGUCCCCUGUGGGAGGAGCACCUGGAGGCCGCCGGAGCCAGGGAAUUCCGGUGGGGCCGGGCAGUGCCGGGAGCAGGCGGCGGGAGCAGCAGGUUUUAUACCGUGUAUGUACAAACGCAAGGAAUAAAAGGAAAUGGUAGUGAC